AUGCAGUGCACGACACACUGCUGUCUGCUGGAACGAGGCUCCUUUACCACUAUCCGAAAAAUCAUCCACGAAGGUGGAUUUACCCUUGAAGACAACAAGCAGUACAAGCCUGUCGUCUACAGCAAUACAGUCCAGUCCCUGGUCGCCAUCAUCAGGGCCAUGAGGACGCUGAACAUAUCAUAUGCUGACCCCAACAGGGAGGCUGAUGCCAAAUUGGUGCUGGAUGUUAUAGCCAGAAUGGAAGACACAGAGCCAUUCUCGGAGGAGCUACUUGCGGCUAUGAAAAGGCUGUGGCAUGACUCAGGAAUUCAGGAGUGCUUAUGUCGUUCAAAUGAGUACCAGCUCAAUGAUUCAGCAAAAUACUUUUUAGAUGACUUAGAUCGUUUAGGUGCCAAAGAUUACAUGCCCACAGAACAAGAUAUUUUAAGAACUAGAGUGAAAACAACCGGCAUAGUCGAAGUUCAUUUUUGCUUUAAAAAUUUAAAUUUCAGAUUAUUUGAUGUGGGUGGUCAAAGGUCGGAGCGGAAAAAAUGGAUACAUUGUUUUGAAGACGUAACGGCUAUCAUAUUUUGUGUUGCUAUGAGUGAAUAUGAUCAAGUUUUGCAUGAAGAUGAGACAACAAAUCGUAUGCAGGAAAGCUUAAAACUGUUUGAUUCCAUUUGCAACAACAAAUGGUUCACAGAAACAUCUAUCAUCUUAUUUCUGAACAAGAAAGAUCUUUUUGAACAGAAAAUCAAGAAGUCACCUUUAACAAUAGGCUUUCCAGAAUAUACAGGGAGACAGUCAUAUCAAGAAGCCGCAGCAUAUAUUCAGGCGCAGUUUGAAGCAAAAAACAGAAGUCCUGACAAAGAAAUCUACUGCCACCAAACUUGUGCCACAGACACAGACAACAUCCAGUUUGUCUUCGAUGCUGUCACAGACGUCAUUAUCGCAAAAAAUCUCAGAGGUGUCGGCCUUAUGUGA